AUGGCACCUCUCCUUCAUCUGGCCCUCUUCGCCACAAUUGCCAGCCUCAUUUCUCCAGCCCGUGCAUGCACCGCCGACGAGGAAUGUUCUCUCAACGGUGUCUGUGCCAACAACGCCUGCGUCUGUGAUCCCGGCUGGGUAGGAUCCGACUGCGGUAGACUAGACGUCCAAGCCGGGCCACGCGCUAAUGGGUACAAUCUCACCGGCGAGGGCACAUCGUCGUGGUGCAAUGGCAUCAUCCGCGAUCCUGAGGACCCCGGUCUUCACCAUCUGUUCGUGUCCGAGUUCACGGACGACUGCGGACUGGACUACUGGUCUCCCUACAGCCGCAUUAUUCGCGCCGAGUCCACCACCGGCCCGAUUGGUCCUUACACAUUCAAGCAGGAGAUUGUGCCUCGAUUCGCGCAUAACCCAACGGUGGUCUGGAGUGAAGCAGAGCACAAAUACCUGCUUUUCAACAUCGGUUGUCCCACCCACGUUGCAUCGGGCUGCCAGAGCGUGAAUUUCACCUGUGGCCCUGGCAAUUCUCUCAAUGGCGAGAGCGGCAUUAGUGCUUGGUCGUCUGGCAACCUCCGGGACUGGGAGCCGCAUGGUCAGGUUCUUCGCGGUUUAAACAGCAAGGUCUGGGACGCGGACACGACGAAUCCUGCGCCGAUGCAUUAUCGGACUGGAUCUGACCACUCCGAUGCCUUUAUCCUGGCAUAUCGCGGCUGCGGGGAUGAUUGCUACAGCACAGAACUCAUCAAUAUCGCGACGGGACCCGAGUACGACGGACCAUAUACCCGUUUGCACCCACAGAGACCUAUUUUCUCCGAGCCGAGUGAAGACCCAUUCAUCUGGACAGACAAGCGCGGCAACUUCCACAUGCUGGUCCACUCCUUACUCCCCGACGCCGGGUUUGGAAGUGGUCCUAAUGUGGGACGACAUGCGUAUUCCAGGCAGUGGAAUGGGCCGUGGACGUUCAAUACACAGACUGUUGCGUUUAAUACGACAGUUAAUUUCGAUGAUGGGUCGACUAUUGACUAUUACCGACGAGAGCGGCCGAACAUCUUUUUCAGUGAGGAUGGCAAGAUGACUCCUUUGUUUUUGUCGACUGGUGUGCAGGAGGUUAAUUCGUCGGCAAGCUAUUCGUUGAUUCAGCCCAUUGGGCGCGAAUAG